AGGGGGGAGGAAAGGGGCGUCGCCUCGCUCUCCUAAUUCCCCGUUGGCUGCGUUACGGGCUCCGGGUGAUGAGAUCAGCGGGAUGGGCUUUCAGCGCGGGGAAGCUCUCGGGUUGCUCCCGCCGCCGACAGACCCGCGAUCUCAGUCCCCUCUCAGCGCGCACGGCGACCGCUCGUCCUCCCGCGCACGCCUGCCCUCAGUCCGAAACUAACUUCGGAACCCCCCCUCACCCCCCCCUGCGUAACCGACGUCGUGGCUGAGGCAGCGGGAGCGCAGAGAGAAGGGGGAGCGCUGGGAGUUCCGGAAUCCUCCAGGUAGUUCACUUAGGAUCCUCUGGUCUUCCACAGAAGGGGAAGUUCUAUUUUUUCCUCCUCAGUGACACCACUGCUAUUUUUGUGUUUUGAUUUUUUUUGUAUUAUUUCUUUUUCUUCUUCCGCCUAACUGCACAAGCGAGGCGCUCAAGGAAACUGGGUAACCGUGUGAGGGUUGUUUGCCGGGGUGCUGCCGGACACCGCACUCCUGACUGGAAGCGCUGCACGUCCCCCGGAGACAGAGAGGGAGAGAGAGAGACGGAGUGAGAGAGGAAGAGUUUAUGUGUAUGUGUGUGUGUGUGUGUGUGUGUGUGUGCUACGUGUGUGAGUAUUCCUCUCGCCCUUUGUGCUCUGGCUGUUCAGGAGAGCCCUCUCUUCUAAUCUGACCACCGUAGCGGCAGGGCACAUUACCCACGGACACCUCCAGACUUCUCCUCGCUCGCCCCCCUCUCUCUUUAACCCCCCUUUUCCUCAGACCCUGGGACCCACACUCUGGGAUCAGCUGGGUGCCCAGUAAAAGGAUACUCUACUUUUCAAGAAAAACCAAACAUUUUUGUUUUCCCACAUUAGACUCCUCUCCCUGCUUUUGAAGGAUGCACUUUUUUCUUUCCCCCCCAGUCUUUUGGAAAGUAAUGGCGACGCGAACUUGACCUGGGCUUUGAUGGCGUGUGGAUCCUGGGAAGGCGACGCCAGCGUUGGUGCAGGCCAGGGACUCCAUCUCCCCUACCGGGCGCAGCGACGAAAUCUGCUUUCAUGAGGUAGCAGCGGGGGCCGGAUCACAAGCGAAGCCCGCACUACAGCACCCCCCCUCCCCUCACCCCUUCCCCCUUCCCCUCCCCCUCCCUCCCGCCCCGUCCGCCAGUUAGCGGCGCGAUGGGCCAGAAGAUCUCGGCGGGCAUCAAGUCGGUGGACGUGCGCGGCGAGCCGGCCUUCCGGCCCGUGCGGCGGGAGCUGCGGGGGCCGGACUUCUCCAAGCCGGCCCGGCUGGACCUCCUGCUGGACAUGCCGCCGGCGCCGCGGGACCAGCAGCUGCGGCACGCCUGGAACGCCGAGGACCGCUCGCUCAACAUCUUCGUCAAGGAGGACGACGGGCUGACCUUCCACCGCCACCCGGUGGCGCAGAGCACGGACUGCGCGCGCGGGCGCGUGGGCUACACCCGCGGCCUGCACGCCUGGCGCGUCCGCUGGCCGCUGCGCCAGCGCGGCACGCACGCCGUGGUGGGCGUGGCCACGGCCGAGGCACCCCUCCACUCCGUGGGCUAUACCUCGCUGGUGGGCAGCACCCCGGAUUCCUGGGGCUGGGACCUGGGGCGCAACAGGCUCUACCACGACAGCAAGAACCAGCCCCCGUCGGCCGCCCCCUCCUACCCGGCCUUCCUGGAGCCCGACGAGGCCUUCGUGCUGCCCGACGCCCUGGUGGUGGUGCUGGACAUGGACGAGGGCACGCUCAGCUUCAUGGUGGACGGCCAGUACCUGGGCGUGGCCUUCCGGGGCCUGAAGGGGAAGAAGCUGUACCCCAUCGUCAGCGCCGUGUGGGGCCACUGCGAGAUCACCAUGCAGUACAUCAACGGCCUCGAUCCGGAGCCCCUCCCCCUGAUGGACCUGUGUCGGCGAGCCGCGAGGCUGGCGCUGGGCCGAGAUCGGCUGCACGAGAUCGAGGCGCUGCCGCUGCCCCAGUCGCUGAAGAAUUACCUCCAGUACCAGUGACCGCAGGUGGACUCCACGAGGAGGCGGAGAGCAACACUGGAGAAAGGAAUCCGAUCAAUGCAAGCGACGGACAAGGCCAAGGCCAAGGCCAAGGCCAGGGCCAAGGAUUCGGUCUCGAAGGAUGAAUUUGUUUACAUUUAGCAUCGCACCUCCGUGCUGUGGAGACUGCGGAGAGUUUUAUUUCGGUUUUGGUUUUGGUUUUUAAUUUAUUGAUCGCUCGUAAUGCAGACGGACGGACGGACAGACGGGCACGGAUGGAGGUAACGGGAGCAGACGUGGGAAUGGGGCAGGAAGUGCCCCGCCCGGUCGCCCUUACGGCCCGUUUCGGGAUCGCGUCGGGACAGCACGCUAACCUAGGGAUGCCUUUGAAUAGGAUUAUAUUUAUAUUCAGGUCUGUAUACCUCAGACUCUCUGAGUUAUUCUCUUGCCAUCCUAGCCCUAAGGAACUGAGAUAUAUGCCACACACCACAGAUAUCCAGCCAGUUUUUGUGUUCGGUUUCCUUGGCUAGUAGCCACCCUGCACAGCGCCCUCUAGGGGUGACUCUUGGGCAGACGGUGCCAGCUGGAAUGGUACGAGCCUGAAAUGCACACAGUAACCAUACCGCCCGUGUCACGUGUGAAACCGCAGCGAGAUGUAGUUCUCGAACGGUUCGACAUGGCUACGCGUCUCAGACCUUCUCCACUCAACGAAUUCUUCCUUUUUUGUAUUUUACGUAAAAAUCCAAUUUUUUUUCUGUUGGCUUUUUUUUCUAAAUCUUUUCUUUUUAAGAUUUGGUCAUCCUUGUAUCUUUUGGAAAUCCCCCUUAUUUAUGGACUACGGUUUUUUAAAAUAAUGAUGGCGAUUUUAAAAAAAGUAUCUGUCUACAGUUGUUUUUAAAUGUAAUCUUCAGGCAAGCACUCAUUUUCACCUGAGAUUUUUUUCAAAAACAUGCUGCUUUUUCCGUAUUAUUAUUAUUAUUAUUUCUGAUACUGUAAAUCUAUCUUUCCUGCUCAGCUCUUCUGGGUCUGGAAGUCAUGCCAUGAAAACUAGUGGAAUGUAUAGUGCUGCCCCUACCGUAUUUUAAAUGUGAAUAAAAUCAAGCGAAUGACUGAGAA